AUGUUCUUCAACAAGUCUACCCUUGCCCUGGCCUUUGUGGCCUUGGCCACCCUCGUCUCUGGCCAGACUCCCGCCUGUCUUCUGUCGGUUAUUGGUAACUCGGCCAACCCCGCCGACCUGACUACCCUGUGCGGUUCCGACAUGAAGAACAUCGAAUCUCAGAUCUCGGACAAGUGCGGUGACAAGACCCAGUCAGCCCUGAAGUUCUACGCCAAUGUUUGCAAUGCCGCUGGCCACAAAGUUGACAUCUCCAGCGUCACUUCCAACUCUACCUCCUCGGGUUUCGUUACUGCCACCGCUACCUCUGGCUCUGCGACUGGUACUGCUGGUGCCUCUGCUACUGGCACUUCUACCGGCGCGCGCACUAGCGGCAGUACCUCUGCCUCUGGCGCCUCCGCUCCUACGGCCACUACCAACGCUGCUGCCGGUAUCCAAUUCCAGGGCACUGCUCUCGCUGCUGCGGUCUUUGUCGGUGCCGCUGCCCUGCUGUGA